AUGGGUAAGCACACGGCCCACUGGAGCGUUCGCGGCCACAGCCUCGGGGGCACAACCUCUGCCGCCCCCCAGGCUCGUCCACCGGGCUCCGGAAGGGGGGAGCACGCCCGAGAAGCGCGACAGACGCCCCCUUCUCGCAGGCCCCGGCCCAACACGAUCGCACCCACGCCCGUGUGCGACUCCCCACACACACGCAAGUGGGGGCGGCGGCACACGCGGCGUCGGCCCGGCCACGAAGUCAGUCCCCCCCACGGCACACCGUGGGAGGACGAUGGCGACGAGGUGGCAGGCCCCCGUCCCCCACCGAGGGAGAGAAACAGAGGCAAGACCCCGCGCCCUUUACCGUCUCGACCCCCCCGAGAGAGCCACUCACGGGACACACCACCGCGGCGGAGACCCCGAGGAGCACGCUGGGAAAAGGGAACGACACCACCGCUCGGCCUCGCGCACCUGAGGGACGACCUGGAGCGCUCCAGGGGCACCACAGAGGACCGAGCAAGUCACGCUCACGCGCCGGCAGCGGGCGCGCGGCGCAGCGGCGGGACGGCCCCCACCGACGCGGGGAGGACCGCCCGCGAGGCACACGCCAAGGAGGCGAAGCGAGAGCGUCUGCUGCGUCCGAGGACCACGGCCCCGCCCACGCCGCCCGGCCCAGGAGAGCGCGACAUCACCACAUCGAUCAGUCAAUCCAGAGAGCCGGGGGCCACGAGGGCCCCGAGGGAGGAGGGGCACGGCGAGGACCCUCACCGGAGGAGCCUGCUUCAGCCUCAGCCGGCACCCAGCCCCCCCCUUCUCUCUCUCUUGCCUUCUCGGGCAACAGUGGCCGACGACCCCGCGAGGAGAACGCCUGACACGUGGCACGGAGCCUGCGGGUUGGGGUCGUCUCAGCCACCACCGGGUGCCUGCGGCGGGGAAGGGGAGUCACACGGGGUAGAAGACCCACGCACCACCUCGCCCCGCCGCCCUCGGGUGAGCCAGAGACCGGAGGCGGCACCGCGGGUCGGGUCAGCCGGGCGCACACACGAGAGCCGGCGCGCAGGCCCAAGCGGGCGGCUCAAGUGGCAAGGGCCGGUUCGGGCGCCGGACGGCGGUCCAAAGCCCAGCGCCCUGCGCGCGUCCAGAGUCCCAGAACCCCCAGCGAGAGAUGCCAGAGGAGACCGUGUCAGCACCUAUCUGGUGGUAAAAAAGGCCCAUUUCAGGCGAAAAAAAUCACGGCGCCCGGCAGCGGGGCCCAUCCACGAACCUCGGGGGGGCUCCCCGGGACCUCGGCCCGGCUACCUCUCCCCAACACUUCCCCAUCCACAGCAGCCCCGGAGCUCUCUCGGGGCCAUCUGGUCGACCCGAGCAGCGGGGGCGGCAGAGUGGAGCGGGGCGGGGCGGGAAAACGUGGCAGAGGCAGCGAGCGGGCCGGGGUCACCCUCCCCGGAUCGCCCGCGCGAGCAGGUACCGUACCGCGGUCCCUCCGAGUCCCCGGGCGAAGACUUGGUUACAGAAAAGGAACUAUCCCACUCUGCCGCCUCUGACGAGCGGGGCCCACGAGGGACCGCGCCCGGGCCCAGGCCGCCCUAUCCGGGCCACCCAGUACGACUCGGGCCGGUCCCCACCGCCACCCCCACCCCGGCCGGGACUCGCGGUGGAGGAGGGGGCGGGGGAGGGGCCGGGUGCGCCCUCCCCGGCCACCCGCGCGAGCAGGUCCCGGCCCGUCCGCGUCCCCGGACCCAGGGGGACUUGGAAACAUUUUCGCACGGAGGCACCUCCCAGGCGACCGGAGCCCACGAGGGACCGCACCCGGGCCCGGGCCUCUCUCUCCGGGUCACCCCUCGCGGCCCAGCCCGGUCCCCACCUCCGGAGUCCGACUCGGAAAAGCAUCGGUCAGAAAGAAUCCGACCACCGGGACCCACGCGCGCCCGCCAACGAGCCCGUCGCGCCCUCCACCGGCCUAAACGCACGGGCACGGGCACGGGCCGGUCCCCACCUCCGGAGCGGGGCGCUUUGGGGACCGGGCGGUGGGGUGGGGGGAGGGAGGGAAGGAAGGAAGGAGGGUCGGGUGGCCGGGUCGGUCCCCGCGGCCGGAUGCUGGUCGACCAGGCCAGGCGGCCCCACAGACCGGCUCGAGAGCGCGGCGACAGUCACACCCUCAUAGGCCUGCACGCCCAAUCUCAAGCGACAGCAGGAGGCGCCCACGCCUGGGCGCCACCGGGACAGUCACCGCCAGCGUCGCCCGGCUCCCGGAACUCUGCCUCGGGCCCGGCGGCCGAGUCACAGCCCUCACGAAGGUCGCCGAAGCUCCAGAGACAAGGGACAAUAUAA